CGGAUGAUGUAGUGUGCGUGUGACGUGAUCAAGAUGGCAGCGGUGUUUAUCUCAUAGCACUGAUCGCAGAAAUGAAGAAGAGUCAUUUAUAUUCCACGCAGCUUAUUUUCAGAACGGAUUAUAUUCAUAUCUGGCUAUUCUUCUGAUUUUUCCGAUUUUUGUUGUGGUCGGUACGACCGCGUUUUGAAGACAAUUUAAUAUAAACAUGUCUGCCAAAGUGGACACCGUGGAGAGAAGAGGGUCGAGUACAACAAGCAGAAGUAGUUCUCACAGCAGAGGAAGAGAAAACGAAAACCGGAAACGAGCAAGAAGCCGAAGCAGAUCGUCCUCGUCAUCUUCCAGUUCUUCAUCUUCCUCCUCCUCAUCCUCUUCUUCACGGUCUUCAUCCGGCAGUUCUUCAUCACGUACUAACUCCAGCUCUAAUAGCUCAGAUUCAUGCAAAAAGCAAAGAAAGUCUUCAAAGAAAAGGAAAGAGAGACAUGGGAAAAAGAAAGGAAAGAAAGAGAAGACACGCAAGCGGAAGAAGGAAAGGGGACACAAAGGGCAGGACGACAGCUCUGGGCCUGUUCAGAUUUCAAAGUAUCUUAAGGAAAAGACGAAAUCUGGCAAAUACAGUAUGAUUUCAGGGAAAAAGAUAAAAAUGAAAGUGAAAAAGUCAAAGAAGGACAAGCAGAGGGACAAAAACCGAGCCGAGCUGCUGGAGUUCUUAAACUCCACUUUCUGAUUGAGUCCAGACCUGGAGCUGCAGAAUCAGACAACCUUAUUGUUUUUUCAUUAUUUACCUGAUCACCACUCAGGGAAAGAUCAUUUUCAGCUAUUAAUGUUGUUGCCUGAUGUCAUAUGUUGACAAUUCCUUACCAUAAAUGCCAUGUGGAUGGUUGCGGUUUUCUUUUUUUUUCUUUUCUUUUCUUUUUUUAUCCAGACUGCGUCCUGAAAUCCUUAGAAUUGAUGUCUAAAGUAACUGUACUCCUUUUGAGAACUGUAGCAUGGAUGUUACAUGUUACUGAAAUUGUAAAAAAAAAAUAAUAAUAAUAAUAUUCUUUGAAUGCUAGUUUUUAACAGAAAUAGAAUCAGCCCAAAUUUAUUAGGACUUUUUCAGAAAAGAUUUAACUCAUUUAUGAACCGUUUUUGCUGAUUCGCCAGGGAGAUGAAGGUUGUAUAUCUAAAAAAAAAUUGAAACAACAUUGUAGUGGUGUUGUUCCAGUGGUGUUUCAUGUUAUCCCAUGAUAAUCUGUGUAUUUACUUCGUUGAGCCAAAUGCAGAGGCAUCACUAGCAGGUAGUUAAAAGCUUUGUGAGUCACGUGCAUCUGACUGUGCUGAUAACAAUACUGUUGAAUAAAUUUCCAGUUUGUGUCCUUUA